AUGUUCACUCUACUUUGUGUAUGUCCAAACCAUCGCAACGAUUUCGAACCUGACGCUCAAGUUGUGUUUGGUUCUCAUCACAGAAUUUACCCGGAAGACUUUCACAUGGUAACCGCAGAUGUCAGUCAUGGAGGUUGGAAGAUUGAAGUACUUGGUCUCAGUACACAUACAGGACGGAUUUCCUCGAUAAGAUUUACUGCAACGCUUGACAGCACCACCUGGUUGAACAAAGCUAUUGUGGGUUGCGCGAAUCAAAUUAACGCUGCAUUAGGAGCCACGUUAUCCGGAAAUGUGUACGUCGUUGACUGUAACCGAAUACCCCGUUUACCUACCCUCGUCAUCAGUUUGCCAGGGACAGACCUGAAUCUUCUCCCCGAACAGUAUGUUCAAAAAGAUACGACGCAAGGACGGACACAGUGUUUCAGUUCGAUCGUUUCGGAUCCAGCAAUAAGAAAUGAAGACAUGAUACUGGGAAUGUCUUUCAUGGAACACUUUUUGUCAAUGUUUGACUAA